CUGCCGGCUCGAGGAAAGAUGGUGAAGCUUGUCUGUGCGAUCGUUGGUGUGGCGGGAGGUGCUUUCCCUGUGGACAUCGACGUGAGCCAGCUGGUGGGAGACUUGAAGGAGGUGAUUAAGGCGAAGAAGCCGAAUGACUUCAAAGAUGUUGAUGCAGACAAGCUGCAUCUCUUCCUGGCAAAGAAAGACGGCGCCUGGCUGAAGUCGAAGGAUCCUGCCGUGAUUGCUAUGCGGAGUGGUGUUAUUCCCGAGAAAGUAAAGGCACUGCUGGACGUGGAAAUGGAUCCAGCAGACGAGAUUGGUGACUUGUUUGGUGAUGCUUCGACGAAGAGGACGAUCCACGUGCUGGUGGUGGUUCCAGAUGGGGCUGGUGGUUCAGCGAGUGACACUUCCAGGAUGGAUCGUCUAUUCGAUAAGGUCGACAAAGUGUAUGAGCACACUGUGCUGUCCAAGCGUACGCGAUAUGUCCACUCAGAAAUGAACUCAGCCAAGGGAAACAUCCUUUUGAACGAUUUGAAAAUUCGGAUUUCGCCUGUGGACACAGUUAAAUUCGCCGGUGGAGUUCCAACUCCAGCAAAGGAAUUCAAGUGGAAAAGUGACCGUACCGAGGAGCAGCAAAAGGAACCUUAUCGUGAGUACGUGGUAGCCAACAUUGGCGAUGUCUUGACGAAUAACAAGCUUUGCGUGGUUGGUGUGGAAAAAGGCGCAAACAUCCUCACCGUUGAAGUCCCUGGUCGCGAUAUUGUUCUUGCUGGUCGCACGGAUAUGAUUGUGCUGAGUGAUAUAGCCCAGAAGUUUCCACAUUACUUGCCUCAUUUGCCUGGAGUGAGGAUGUUGAUCGAAGUGAAAAAGGUGGUGACAACAGCGUCCGAGUUCCAGGCUUUGUCGGAAUUGAUUGCAUUGGAUAUCAUCGUUACGGAAUCAGUGAUGGCACUGCUCACGAACUUGACAAACCAUUGGCAAUUCUUUUGGGUCUCCAGGAAGAGCGACGACUAA